UGACACCUAGUGCAUGCGUAAUGCAUGGUCAUAAACUUUAAAAGUUUCUUUACGAUAUCUAUAGGGCUCCUAUACAUUUAUUCGUUGUACUCUGUACACAACCAGCACACUGUAUAACGCUAACAAAUCGUCAAGGAAAGGAAUUUACAAUGUGCAUGCGAUGUAGAUUGUUAUGCCUUAUGGACUCCAAUGGUAAUACAGACUUGCUCGAAGAAUCGCGAGGAAAACAAGCCGUGCUCUGCCAAAUUAAAACCCAGAAUGAUGCUGCCAUUGAAAUUCUUCAUUACUAGCGCGUUGUUGCUGCUCCCUUCUAUUCACCUAGAGUCUCUGACGGUUCGUGAUAGUUAUGACCCUGGAACUUGUGCAAGAUCCAACCGCGGUGAGCUUGUUCUGGUGAAAGAUCGUGAGGAUAAGGAUGCUAUUGUGAUGUGUACUGAGGACAAGGGAAUAUACAGUUGGAAGACAACAGAAGGCUCAAAACCACUUGGUGAAUAUUUCAAUCCUGGAUAUGAUUGCUUGGAAAUCUUAAGUCAAAACACAAAGGCAAAAGACGGUUACUAUUGGGUAGACUUUCAUCGUUCUGUUCCACAUAAGGUAUGGUGCGACAUGAACACAGAUGGUGGGGGGUAUAUCUUAAUCGGGAAUAUGAACAAUACCGUGACAUGGAAUGUUCCGUCAAGCAACUCUACAGUAGAGCCAUUUGGUACUCCUCAUUUUUCCAGUGCAUUUGGUGACAUCUCUAUACUGGACUUCAGAAUACAAGUUGCAACAGAUGUGCAAUAUAAGCAUAUCGUAGCACACUGGUCUUAUCGGUUCAGAAAGAAACGUCCUAUGAAAGAAUUAUUGAUGGUGAAUGAUGGUGGAUGUCCGUAUAAUUUACCUGGCAUAGGCGACAUUUUAUACGUGAAGAAUUUGAUAACUGAAAAAAUUUCCAAACAAUUCUCAUGUUCAGUAUUUGGUCGUUACGGCUAUCCUUCACAUAGGAUUGGUUGGGCCAUGAUGAAUUAUUGUUUGGAAAAGCAAUGUUUCUAUGGAUUUGCCUAUCACCAUUUCUAUCCUAUCCAGGUUGACUGGUACGGUGGAUUCAGUUUUCUUGCUGGUAAUAAUUCUGGAACCGCAAGUGAUGGUUCUACAGCAUUUUUUGGCUGCGACAAUGGAAAGUGCUGUGCUUGUUAUGGUCCAGCUGGAGGCGAUGGUGUUUACUGUGGGGAGCAAUGCAAGGUCAAGAACGGUGGCAAAAUUUCAAGAAAUGCUCAUGCCAGGUUUUGGGUAAGAUUGAAUCCUCCUCGGAAGGUUUGGGAAAGGUGCAUGGAGUACAAGACUGAAGAAGAGAAUGGUGAUGCAGCUUGGUAUAAAUUGGUCGGAGAUAGAAAUAUCCCUGUGAAGGGUCGCUGUGGAAGAGAUGAAGCAAAUCUAAAUCCUGGGAUUGUUGCUGUUCCUGAUGAUGCCGCUUAUGAUAGAGUACCAAAAAUUAGUGGUUUGCUGGCAUACCAGAAGGACAUUGAGAAGCUUCACUUAAGAAAAAAUGAUACAUGGAAAGUUGUGGCGGAAGAGGAGAUGGUCAAAAACUUAACAAGACAGGUAUUUAUGAUGAAUAAUGCUAUAAUUGGAAGACUGGAGGUCCUGGAACAGAUGAUGCACUUCCCCAGCAAAAUUCUUUUCGGACAGCCAAGUUUAAUAGCUCAACUGAAACAAUGGUUGCCACAACUUCACACUGGUUUGGUGGUAUGUUACCGAAGUUCGGAGGACGGCUGGGGAAGCAUGAGGUUCCACAGCGGUUGCGAUAACAAAGGACCGACCGUUACCCUAAUCAGAGUUCAUUCCUACAUCUUCGGAGGAUACACAGAUGUUUCGUGGGGAGGAACGAUUGGGUACAAAAGAAGUACAAAGUCUUUCAUAUUUUCGUUCAGAAAUGCGGACCGCAUAGGUCCAUUUUCAGCUGAUGUCUACCGCCACAGCGAAAAGGCUAUUUUUUCAAGCCCAGCAUAUGGGCCAAUAUUUGGAGGUGGCAGUGAUUUCUCUGUCGUAAACAAUGCAGAUCAAUCAACAGCUUCGUACACAAAUCUUGGUUACACAUACCGCCCACCGCCUGGCUACAGGUAUCAAGCCAGCAAUACCAGAGCCUUACUAGCUGGCAGUUUUCACUACACUCCAUCUGAGGUUGAAGUUUUCUACUUUGAAUAGCUCGUUACCUUCGAUCAAUUAACUAUAAUAUUUCUCUUAAAGCUAGGUUUACACUAUAAAAGCUUCUAUAUAAUUAUGGUCUAAGGGAUUAUUGACCGAGCGUGAAGUUUAUGACUGUGAAAUAUUAGACCGAACAAGUGAGGUCAAUAAUCGGUUUAUUAUAUAGCUGAACUGCAUGAGACAUCCGGGAUACUGGUCCAGAUACGCAAUAGACGGACCAUGGUCCGGAUAUGGGUUUUACAGACCGCUCGUCAACGAAUCAGAAUAGAGGAUUUUAAAAAACCAUAUAAAAAAUAAAUAU